GAUGAAUCCCUGAAAUUAUUUUUUUUAAUUAGUAUUUGCUCACCACGUUUUGUGGUAAAUGAACAACAUUUGGGUAGUUAAAUUUCCGAUCGUCUCUGAAUGCCUCCCCACCUCGACAUCCGGCUGCGUCGUUUUCCAACAUGGCGGCGCCCUACACGGUUGCCGAUGGCGUCCACGAAUCCACUCGCGUUCCGUCACAAUCGUCCGUCUCGGAGGAAAAGCGACCUCAGUUCGGGACUCGUUUCCUGACGGACCCCCGGCAGGUCUUCCAGCACAACGCGUGGGACAACGUGGAAUGGACUGAGGAGCAAGAAGCGGCUGCGAAGAGCAAAGUACAAGAGAACAGUCAGCCGCUGCCUCCAGAGAAACAAGAGGACUUUGACAGCCGGGCGAACGAGUACUGGAACGACUUCUACACCAUCCACGAGAACCGCUUCUUCAAAGACCGCCACUGGCUCUUCACCGAGUUCCCCGAACUGGCGCCGGCACCCCCCCGCGACCGCCGUCCCCCUCCCGACCGCCGUCACGCUCCUCCGUCCGCUUCGGAUCCAAGCGACUUCCCGGGUUCUUCCGCCUCGUAUCGGAUUCUCGAGGUCGGCUGUGGUGUCGGCAACACGGUUUUUCCCAUCCUGAAGACCAACAACGAUCCAGGUCUUUUUGUGUACUGCUGCGACUUCUCCAGGACGGCCGUGGAGCUCGUCAAGGCUAACCCGGAGUACGACGCCGGGCGCUGCUUGGCCUUCGCGUGCGACCUGAGCGACGACAGCGCCGCCUACCCCGUCCCGGACGGGACCCUCGACGUGGUGGUGCUCAUCUUUGUGCUGUCGGCGUUGCAUCCCGACAAGAUGCGGGCGUCCGUGAGCAGACUGGCCCGCUUGCUGAAGCCCGGCGGGGUGAUGCUGCUGCGUGACUACGGACGCUACGAUAUGGCGCAGCUGCGCUUUAAAAAAGGAAGGUGUCUGUCAGAUAACUUUUACGUCCGUGGCGACGGAACCAGGGUGUACUUCUUUACACAAGACGAACUCCACGACAUAUUCACCGAGGCCGGGCUGGAGAAGGUGCAGAAUCUGGUGGACCGGAGGCUCCAGGUGAACCGCGGCAAGCAGCUCACCAUGUACAGGGUCUGGAUCCAGUGCAAGUACCGGCGGAACCCAGAGGAGGAAACCGACUCCGCUUGAUGCCAAACCAUUACGUGUACUGCAUUAACUGCCAUCAUGCGUCAUUCUUUUGCGAUACACACAUAAGGAAGUGUUUCUCGUCACCUGGAUGCUGUUUUUUUAAGCAAAAUUUUUGGGAUAUAAUGGCCUGAUUUUAACCUUUUUUUUAUAUGCAAGAUGAAUAAAAUCUUUUUUUUUUUCCUUACGGCAUCAGAACAAAACGUGUUAUGAGCGGAACGGCAACUUUUACAUCACUUUGUCCACCGAUUGUGUGCUUUGAUUGCGCUGUGGAGGUUUGCGACUGGCGCACGCGAGAUUUGCAGGAGCAGGAGCUCAGUACUUGACGCAAUCUCACGAGACAUUAUGAGCCAUGAUGGAAGAACUGCACAGCCUGGACCCCCGGCGACAGGAGCUGCUGGAGGCUCGCUUCACCGGGGUCGGCGUGGCUAAGGGUUCGGGCCAGAGUCAGAAUGAGUCGUCCAACCAGAGUCUGUGCAGCGUCGGCUC